AUGUGCAGGUUGUGCGUGUGCUGCAUGUGCAUAUUCGUAAUCUUGCUAUUCAUCGGGGUGUUAUUUGCGGUCGGCCCUUUGACAAAGCUGAGGCAUCACUUCAUCAUCAAGCAAUCUGUGCACCAUUUCUGCGAUCCAAAUGUUCAUGGCUUUUUAUGUAGGCGUAGUGGAAUGACUAGAAAACCCUUAUCGGGUUACACUGCACCUCCACCUUAA